ACCCGGGAGGAGCGGUAGUCCGUCCAGUGACAAAAGGAGGCACUUUCUGCUCGUUCGGGACAACGAUGGUCGCAAUUUUCUAGAGCCGCAGAUUUUGCUACAACACCUACGCGUCAAGACGACUCCCCUAAAAUACCUGAAAUACAACGCGCAGCGCAUAGAAAGAAGUUGUAAGGUUGUCGACUCAGCGGCGUCCUCUGUAAAGCCACGGCGGUCUAAAUGGAGGAUCACAGAAUGACUUCUUCCUCAGAGUCCACGCUACAGAGGGGCUGCAUGCCGCAGCACAGCCCCAGAAGCAGCCCCGACAACUUAUUUGGAGUGAGGGUGCAAGUUCAAGGGAUUAAAGGUCAUUCUUAUGUGGUUCUGAACAAUGGCAGCCAGGAGAGCCACAAGAAUGUCUCGGCCCACCUGUCAGAGUACAACCUAGCUGUUAUGAGGCGUCCAGUGGGAAGGUCUGUGGAGGAGGAAUCCAGUAAUAGACUGGGUUCGUGCAGAGAUUCUCCCUCGAAGUCACAGAGAACUACAACCUCCUCCAUGUUUAAUUAUAAGAGACACCCAGAGAUACUCAAACCUUAUGACCCUCAAAACAACAACCUCGAACCCCUCAUUCCAUCACAAACAGCCGCAGUUUCCCUACCAGGUCAAUUACACAGUAAUAUCCGACCUGAGACAACCCAGGUAGCCAAUGUGUCCAAAACCAGAAUCCCUCUGCCUGCUGAAGGUUCAAGACAAGACCAAAGUGAGGCCCAGACCCAGGCACCUUUCAUGGGUGUCAAAAUUCCUGCCAGGCCCCCCAACCCUGUGAACAUGGACUCCAUAUCAUCUGUAGGGAAACUGAUAGACCAGUUUAAUAGUCCCCAGUGGAGGGGAAGGCGUGGUCCAAGGAACAGGGUGAACGCUGAAGACCGUAAAAGGUCACGCAGUGUUGACAGCAACCAACCAUCAGUCUCCUCUCCCCCUGGCGUGGCCCUCUCUCUGACGGAUGUCAAGAGCAAGACCUUAGGUGGGACAGGUGCCCCUGAACCACCCAGAGACAGGUUCUUCAGCCAAGACCCAACUGUGGCAAAGCGGAGAGAGGAGAGCAACUCACCUACACAGCUGUUUAAAGCGCAGUGUGGAAAGGAGGCAGCAUGUACACUGCCGGCCAAAAGGCUCAACAGAGUGGAGAAAUCUCCUCUGUUAAGAUCAGUAUCUACUAACCACACGGAUGAAUCUGAUGAGCGAGACGCCCAGGUCACUCCUGAUAUUCUGAGAGGACAGCAAGAGCUUUCGGUUGACCCAAACGAAGACACAGCAAAACAGAUACUGUUUACUUACCUCAAAGAUGGGACAACCGAUAACGACUCCACCACCCAAAUGAAAGUCAAUUUGGUGUUUGAUAAAGUCAACAAAUUGAAGUGGAAGACCGCUGAAAAUGUGGAGGAGGAGGAGGAGAAAGACUAUGCUGCAGAGGCAAAGGCUUUGCAGGAGAAAAAGACAGAACUGGAGAAAGAGCUGUGUGAGUUGAAGACACAGCUACAGGUUGAGACCAAGAAUGAAAGAACUCUAGCAAAAGCCUGUGAAAAGGCCAGGACAGAGAAGAAAAACCUUCAGGAGGAGUUGGUCAGAUGCCAAACAGAUCUCUCGAAACUCAGAGAAAGACUGGCUGAAAUGGAAGCAGAGCUUCAGUCUACCAAACAGGGGCUGGCGUGUAUGAAAGCAGAGAGAGACAGGUCGAAAACAGAGAUGAAAGACCUUCAGCAUCAACUGUCUGAGAUGCACGACGAGCUGGACCAUGCCAAAAAAGUCGAGGCGAUCAACACAGAGAAAGAAGUCCUUCUCAAAGAAAUAGUCCAGCUGCGUCUGGAUUUUCAGGAGAGCCUUAAGGUGCAGGAGGAGCAGGAGGAGGCGAUGCACCGGAGAGAGAGGGAGCUCAGUGCCCUGAAGGGCGCGCUGAAAGAGGAAGUGGAAACCCAUGACAGAGAGAUGGCCGCUCUGAAGGAAGAAUAUGAGCAGGAGGUUCAGAAGGUCCUGAGAGCUGUAGAACAGGCAAAAGGGAGCAACGCUCUCCUUCAUCAAGAGAAGGUAGAGGUAGAGGAGGAGAGAGGGGCAGCAACAGCCCGAGCAAAAGAACUGAGCCUGGAGAGAGAUCAGCUGAAAGGACAGGUGGAGGAGCUGCAAACCAAGGUGGAUAAGCUCCAUCACACAGUCCAGGAGUCCAAAGCCUUGAAGAAACAACUCGAGCAAAGAGCGGACCAACUGGAGAGGGAGAAGCAGCGGGUUGAAGUGAAGCUCGUGGAUGUGAGGAGGAAGGAGGAUGAGAUGAGUCGAUCUAACCAAUCCCUGCUCACACGCCUGGAAGAUGUACAGAGCGAGCUGACCAGAGUCAACCAUAAGCACAAAGAGCUGAAAGAGAGGCUGGAGGAAGAGAGGAAACAAACAGAGGAGCUGCUGAAGACAAAGAGCAAGCUGGAGGAGGAGAAGAUGCUGCAGGACAGUACUGUGGAGCAGCUACAGAGGACGAUGAAUAAUAUCAUGGAGGAGUGCGAGUCAUCGACUGAGGUACUUCAGAGCCAGGUGGACGAGGCCAGGGAGAGGAGUCAGAGGGAACUGGCCGAGCUGCAGAAACAGCUGCAGGAAAAGGGAGUGGAGCUGGAGAAAUCCCGACUGACAGCCAAAAAACUGCAGGAAGAGCUGCUUUCUCUCGAGGAGGACUUGCAGAGGUGUCGCAGGGCGCAACAGGAGGCCCAGCUGAGGGGCAGGCAGCUGGAGCAGAGAAUGGAGGAGCUGGAAAAGAGGAGCACAUCCACGGUGGAGGAGCGAGCCCGGCAGAUUAAGCUCAUGGAGGGGCGCAUCGGUCAGCUGGAAGCGGACCUAGGUGAGGAGCGUAGCAGUGCUGACCGCCUCAUGGAGAGACUCGACAAAAGCAAGGAGCAGAUGGACCAGAUAAGGACGGAGCUGAUUCAAGAGAGAGCGGUCAGACAAGACCUCGAGUGCGACAAGCUGAGCCUUGAGAGACAGAACAGAGAUCUGAGGGGCAGGGUGACUCAUUUGGAAGGAUCCCAGAGAACUAAUCAGGACUCGGCGAUCGCCAAACUUAACAGCCGUAUACAAGAGUUAGAGGAGAAGCUGCAAGAAGAGGAAAUUGAUAACAAUAACCUGAAACAAGCAAACCGCAAACUGGAGCGGAAGGCGAAGGAGAUGAAGAUGCAAGUGGACGAAGAACAUAUCACUCUGCUGAGCCAGAGCGACCAGCUGACUCAGAGGCUGAAGACGGUGAAGAGGCAGAUGGAUGAGGCGGAGGAGGAGAUCGAGCGUCUGGAGCAUGCUAAGAAGAAGUUACAGAGAGAUCUGGACGAGCAGAUCGAGGCCAAUGAACAGCUCCACAGCCAAGUCAGCGCACUGCGCAGUGAGAUGAGGCGAAAGAAGAAAUCGGCUCCAGUCAUGAGGAUCGUGGAGGAUGACGAGGAUGUGGGUGACAUGGCGUCUGACUGAUCGACUUUGUCCCGAGAGCCAAACCAGGCGGACCGUUCUGAACACGAUUAGGAGACAUUGAAAUUACUAUGACAAAUCUUUUGUUAUAUUAUUUUCAGCUGAGGUGUGUGACUGCAUAAUGCUUCCUGUUGUUGAUACCAAUGAGUUUUGCCAAGACUGCCCUCUAGUGGUGACACGUGAACCUCACUAUUCAAGCACAAUUCUGAUGAACACCAGUGACAUUGGAGCAGUGCACAUCACUGCAGGGCUGUGUGUCUAUGGCCUUUUUUUUUCUACCUUAAGUUAUUGCAUCUUUGUGCGAUAUGGUGCAAAUAGCACAUCUUUUGUACAUGAAUACUUGUACUGAAAGGCUAUUUUAGCAUUCAAUCAUAUUCAUACACAGACUGAAAUUCUCAAAACUUGAAUUAAUCUAAUGCUAUGCAGUUCCUAAUCUAAUGCUAUGCAGGACUGUUAUAAUCUGUGCUGCUUUGUUUUUGUUUUUUUGUCGCGCUUUGUGUGACUUACACAACUUAAUAAAGAAAACGACAG